GACUGGGGGGCUUGGCUGGCAGUUUUGCAGACAAUUACGUUGCAAACGGAUCACACCUCAAUCCCCCGAAACCGAGGGACAUCGACGCGAACGAACGAUCAAUCAGUGAAAAAAAUUUAUUAAAUUUAUUCUCGUUAACUGAAGAAUUAUAAAAAAUGGCACUGGUACCCAGCAGCUACUGGAGAGAUUGGUGGGACGAUUUUGAGCGUCCAGGAAAGGUCCUGGACAAGUACAUCGAGAGAAAUAUAACGCAUGCUGAAGUCCUGGAGACCCUCAGGUGGCCGACAUUCAGGUCUUUCUUUCGGCCCUGGGGAAGAUCCCUGAGUGCCAGCCUCAGUGAACUCGACAAAAUCGAGAAUGACGCCGACAAGUUCAAAGUUAUUCUCGAUGUCAGGCGAUUUUAUCCCCACGAGAUCCUGGUGAAGACUCUAGACAAUUCUAUAAUCGUCGAGGCGAAGCACGAGGAGAAGGAGGAUCCAUUUGGCUAUGUCUCCAGGAAGUUUCACCGUCGGUAUGAUUUACCAAAGGGUCAUGAUAUCCGGAGGGUCACUUCCAGUCUGUCCACCGAUGGCAUUCUCACCAUCAAUGCACCCAAGGUCGUACCACCACCUGGUGAGAGAAUUGUCCCGGUCGAUCGAACCUAUUUUCCUGCCCUCAAGAGCCCACGACUACUUCGAUAAUUUAUUUCACACCGAUUUCCUGCACUGAGGACAUGUCAACUCUGGUUUUCGUUUUGUUGAUUUAUUUAUUUGUUAGAAUUUCAGGAGAGAUGUUAUCGUAGGAUUAAUUUAGUGGGUUAAUUGUGGCUCUCGAAAAUGUACCACCGCUGUUCAGAUUUUAAUAAUUGUUAGGACAUGAAUAAACUCGUUGUUACUAAUGCUGA